AUGGAGCAUCUGAAAGCGGUCCUGAGGUUGCUGAGGGAGGCCGGGCUCACGGCUAAUCCGAAGACGUGUGCGAUUGGGCGGGUGGAGGUCAAGUAUCUGGGCUUCCACUUAGGUCACAGGCGGGUGCGUCCCCAAAUUAAUAAGACUGCAGCGAUUGCAGCCUGCCCGAGGCCUAAGACCAAAAAGGAGGUGAGACAGUUCCUGGGGUUGGCGGGAUAUUAUAGACGGUUUGCACCUAAAUAUUCGGAGCUCACCAACCCGCUGACUGAUCUCACUAAAAAGGAAGCGCCAGAUCCGUUCCAGUGGACGGAGCGGUGCCAGCAGGCCUUUACCCAA